GACGCACUGUCCAGUUCUCGCGGGACUCGGGCCACGGAAAGCGAGGUGUUCGCGGAAGGGAUGUGAGUGGCGCGUCGGAAAGCAUGUUUUUGGCCCAGAGGAGUCUCUGCACCCUUGGCAGUAAAGUCCUGAGGACAGUUUCUGCUUCAAAAAUCCUUGGACUUUCUACCUCUACCAAAAUGUCUUCGAAAUUCAAAAAUGCAAAACGAAUUGAAGGCCUUGACAGCAAUGUAUGGGUCGAAUUCACCCAGUUGGCUGCAGACCCCACCGUCGUCAAUCUUGGCCAAGGCCUCCCAGACAUUUCCCCCCCUGAGUACGUCAAGGAGACACUGGCGAAGAUCGCAGCCAUUGACAGUAUGAAUCAGUACACACGGGGCUUUGGUCAUCUAUCACUUGUGAAAGCUCUGUCCUGCCUGUAUGGAAAGUUUUAUCAAAAGCAAAUCAAUCCCACUGAAGAAAUCGUUGUGACAGUGGGAGCGUAUGGAUCUCUGUUUAAUGCCAUUCAAGGAUUCAUCGAGGAGGGAGACGAAGUCAUAGUGAUGGUGCCUUUCUAUGACUGCUACGGGCCCAUGGUGAGCAUGGCCGGAGGAACGCCCGUUUUUGUUCCCCUGCGAUCGAAACCUGUUGAUGGGAAAAGAUGGUGCAGUUCUGACUGGACGUUAGAUCCUCAAGAACUGGCAAGCAAAUUUAAUUCCAAAACCAAAGCUAUAAUACUGAAUACGCCUCAUAACCCUCUUGGCAAGGUGUUCACCAGGGAGGAACUCCAGGUAAUCGCUGACCUCUGCAUCAAACACGACACACUCUGCAUCAGUGAUGAGGUCUAUGAAUGGAUCGUGUACACCGGAAAGAAGCACUUUAAAAUAGCCACUUUUCCAGGUAUGUGGGAAAGAACAAUAACCAUAGGAAGUGCGGGGAAGACUUUCAGUGUAACUGGCUGGAAGCUGGGCUGGUCCAUUGGUCCUAAACACUUGAUAAAACACUUACAGACAGUUAACCAAAACAGCAUCUUUGCCUGCGCCACUCCCUUGCAGGAGGCCUUGGCUCAAGCACUGUGGAUCGACAUCAAGCGCAUGGACGAGCCGGAGUGUUACUUUAAUUCUUUGCCGAAGGAGCUGGAGGGGAAAAGGGACCGGAUGGUACGGCUGCUUGACAGUGCCGGCCUGAGACCCAUAGUUCCUGACGGGGGUUACUUCAUCAUCGCCGACGUGUCUCUGCUAGAUGCAGACCUGUCUGAUAUGAAGGACAGCAGCGAACCUUAUGACUAUAAAUUUGUGAAGUGGAUGACUAAAAAUAAGAAACUGUCAGCCAUCCCAGUUUCAGCCUUCUGUAAUGCAGAGGUCAAAUCACAGUUUGAGAAAUUUGUGCGAUUUUGCUUCAUUAAAAAAGACACUACACUGGAUGCUGCUGAAGAAAUCAUCAAGGCAUGGAGUAGUCAGAAGUCUUAAUACAUGCAGAUAAUACACGUUUCUGUUAGAUGGCCUAGUAUGGGAUUACUUAGUGCUGCUACUUGCUGGGUAUUGCAAAGCAAAAAUUUCAGUACAAAUGAAAUUUAAAGGAAUAUUUCCAUUGUUAACCCCACUCCUAACAAUAUUCAGGUGAUCUGAUAAUUUUUUUCCAGGUGAAAUGUAUUAAAACACCUCCUACAGGAGUUCCCACUGUGGCGCAGUGGUUAACGAAUCUGACUAGGAAUCAUGAGGUUUCGGGUUCAAUCCCUGGCCUUGCUCAGUGCGUUAAGGAUCCAGAGUUGCCAUGCUGGGGUGUAGGUCACAGAUGCAGCUCGGAUCCCGCGUUGCUGUGGCUCUGGCAUAGGCAGGUGGCUACAGCUCUGAUUCGACCCCUAGCCUGGGAACCUCCAUAUGCCUAUGCCGCGGGAAUGGCCCUAGAAAAGGCAAAAAGAUAAAAAAAUUAAAAAUUAAAAAAAAAAAACCCACCUCUUACAAUCAUCUUAUUAGAGUCAGUAUAGCAUUGUAGACAACUGUGAGAUGCUUAACCUCUCUGGUUUCAGUUUACUCAUAAAGGGGGAAUAAAAAUAGCACGACUCGA